AAAAGCACACAGCAGUCAACAAGUGUCGGAUUAAAAACAAAAUAAAAAAAUGUUUUUUCAAAUAAUUUUCAUCUUAAUCGUCAUAAAAGGAAUAUUUGCACAAAAUUGUCAAUUAAAUGCUACUUUUAUGGAUAAAAAAUGGAUUUAUGCUACCAAACCUACAGCGAACACUUGGGAUGUUUUACAUACGGAUUACAUAGAAGAUCGUAAAAGAUUAUAUUUAAUAUGUAAUGCAAUGACUAAUGUAAGAAGAAUAUAUUGUAAUCGUGGUAUUUGGCAGGAAGAAACUCACGAUCUUACUUGUCCUAGGCGCCUUAAGGCAAAUGUUGUAAAGAUUGAAAAUGAGAAUUCAUGUAGUCAAUUGAAUGGAGAAUUAUAUCAAGUACGUUACACUCUGCCAGAUGGAAACAUAAUUUCGCUUUACGAAGUAUGCUAUAGUACACAGAAUGAACAGUCUUUGUAUUCACGUCACAAGGCAUAUGGUUUUAAUUUAGCUGCCUCUACAUAUGUCAGACCAAUGUUUAGUAGAAGUAAUAAUGUAGUGUCGAGAGAGCGUGAACUUUCUUUUAAAGCUGAAAAUAUCUAUAAUACAUUUGUGCGUUUAUUGGGUUCUAAGCAAACGUAUGUACCAAAUGAAAAAACAUUGAUAUUGGAUCGCGGUCAUCUAACUAAUUCUCAAGAUUUUCUUACCUAUGACCAAAUGGAUGAAACGUUUAAGUAUGUUAAUGUUAUACCACAAUUUCGAGGCGGUAAUCGUAGCAAUUGGAAACGUAUUGAAAACUGGGUUCAUAAUUUACCUACCAAGAAUACAUAUGCUCAGGUUGUUACCGGUUCAUUUGGUAUUUUAAGUUUACCUCAUUCUGAAAGUAACACGCUGGUUCCCAUGUACUUAAUGCCCAACGCAAAGAAUCCCAUACCUUUGUGGUUAUAUAAAGUGGUUAAAUAUAAAAAUCAAUGUUAUAUUUUUGCAACAUUAAAUAAUGAAUUUAAUACAAAUUCUAGCAUUAGUCCACCAUUUUGUAAUAGCACAGCAUGUCCAAUGCAUUUAGAAUUUAACCCGGCACCAAAUAGUGGUGUAUCGUAUUGCUGCGAUUAUAACUCUACUGCUGCUAAAAUUGGAAGUCAUGCAACAUUGUGUAAUUCCGUUUCGCGUCUAACCAAAUUUUUUGAUAAUAUAUUUGGUUAACACUAUAUAAUUAAGAAUGAAGGAAAAAUUAUUUGAAUUUUUUUAUUCAAGAAUAAAUAUUAUGAAAACUUAUUAAAUUA